AUGUACAAAAUGACAACAGAUAGAUGUUUGACUGUAAUAGCCGGUAUUUUAGAAGAUUGUACUUUCAAUUAUAUAUGUUUCGUCGCUGAAAGUUUGUCUACGAUAUUACCGAAUUUUCAUUACAGAAGUAUUAGUAAAAGUUCUGCAAGAUGGAAUUGCUGGUUAAAAGAAACUUGUGAUCUUCAUGGAUGGACUCACACGAAAUCUCCUCUAAUAUGGAGAGAAAUUGGACUUAGUCGGUCUCAUGUAACUUAUAUUGGAGGUAGUUCCCAAUUUUGGGAAUUGUUGCAUAAUUAUUAUGACAUCAGUUUAUAUUUAAGCAAAGAAGAACUUGAUGCAUUACAAACAGACUUAUUAUUUGCUUGUAAUAUAAAGAGACAAAGAAGCAAACCUUUACAAGUACAAAAAAAAUACCUUCAAAUAAUGAUAAUAGGAGCAGGAAGAUCAAUGUGCCCCGAUCUUGUUCCUCAGUUACUAAUGACAAAAGAGCUCUGGAUGACUCAUGGAAUUGUUAUUAACUUGUAUGAUGAACCAGGAUGUUUCUUUAAACUUAGGAAAAUUUUUAGAGAUGCAGGAACAAUAGGUGCUGGCAUAAAUACAGUACAUAUUGUGGAAAAUAUCCCUGAUGGAUUAAAAGACUGUGAUAUAUUAAUUUAUCUUGACAGUUUAACACGAGAAGAAUAUGAAGGUACAGAUAAUUGGCUACAACGUAAUUAUAAAAUUAUAGCAAAUUUAUGUACACAUAUAAAUGAACAUGCACCUUCACAUAUGAAGGUAAUUUUCUGUUCAAUGAAUCUUCCAUGUUUUUACGCCAAUAUUAUGAUGGAACUUGUUACAAAAUUAUCAAGCACAAAUAUUGUAGUUGCUAGUGCUCAUUAUGGUUUAGAACUUAUAUACACAUUUGUAAAUUCACUUGGUCUUAAUCUACGAAACUUUGGUUGUCCACCUGUUUGGGGCUUCUUGGGAAUCAAUCACUUUGUAGAUGUUCACCAUAUGAUUCAAAAAUAUGAUGUUUAUUAUCCAAACAAAAGAGCUCUAAAUUCGAAUGAGAAUAUGAUACUACCACUUGGAACUCAACAUUCCGAACUGAGGUGGUUUUUUUACAAGAUACAUGAUAAAAAUCCUUAUAAAAACUAUUUGAAACGCAAGGCCCUUCUUCGAUAUCAAAUGGGCACAUCAGAAGAUUUUCCAAAAUGUAGAGCAAUUUGUGAUCUUUUAAAGUUAUGGUACAGUAAUAAAAAAAGCAUCGGGGAUGAAAUUAUAUCAUUAGGAAUUGAAUCUGAUGGUAAUAUAAAAAUAGUAAGAAUUGCAAAAAAUAAAAUAGGGAAAUUAGAAAUAAUUUACGUCUUAGGCUCAUUUGGUAUUCCAAAGGGAUUAGUAUUUUCACAACCAGUUUAUUUAAAAGAAUGUGAAGAUGGUUCACGAGUAUGGGUCCCUUUCAGAGAUUUCCCAAUGCCGAACAUGCCAAUUUCUAUAUUCCAAAGCCUUAUAGACACUGGUAUUUAUGUUAAGAAAAAAAUAAUUGAAUUAAAAAACAGUUCUGACGCAACAAAAUAAUACAUUUUUAAUCAUGUACACGAAUACGAUUUUAGUGCUUUACAUCCACUAAACUCUAUCUUUAUUUUUAAUCACAAAAUCAUAAUUUUAUUGUAUUAUUUAAUAUACAUAAAUAGCACUAAAUUAUUCAAAUUUAAUAUAUAUUCAAGUUAAUCGUUAUAAUAUACAUUUGUAAUCAUUAAAAUUGCACAUCUUUUUAUAACCAAUGCUUUCAAUAAACAAAUUUGACAUCAAAUUAAUUCAAAUAAAAAAUAGUUGUGACUUGCACAUAAAUGACUUCUAAUAAACCGUAAGUCACGAUAGUGUACUAGAAUUAAACUUAAUAAAUACAAAUAUCUUUACAGUAUUAUUAAUGAAAUAUAAGAGAAGUAAUGAAGUUUCUUAAGAUAGAUUUAUUACCUAGUAAAUACAAUUGAAUAAAUUAGCUAAGAAAGAUAGCCAUUGAUCGCUUUAAAAAAAUCACUGCAUUUUAUUGCAACACUUCUCAUGAAAAGAUAUUGGGAAUAAUACUUUUGGCCAUGCGUAAUAAUGUACUUGAAUUUAAUGUUACAAUUUUCUUGUAUACAGAAAAUGAUAUAACAAAUUGUUACCAGCUUAAAUCUAUCGUUAACAACUGGUAAUCUAUACCAU